AUGUUUAGUGAUCUGUUGACAAUCCCAUCGAAAAAGUUCCGUGCUCAGACAUGGACAUGUGGCUUGCAACGGUUUUUAGAAGAACCAACAUACACGGAAGUAAAUCCUGGCGAAGAUGCUUUAUUGAAGUGUCGCAUAUCAGACAAGAGAGGUAUCUGUUCAUGGCAAAAAGAUAACAAGCCGGUUGGUAUGUAUCGUGGAAAAUACGAGUGGGCGAGCCCUCGCGUCGCUAUGACCAGUGACUGCUCGCUCCGCAUUCGAUCCGCCAAGCUACAUAUUGAUGAUGGACAAUGGCGAUGUCAGGUCACUUCCAGCAACUAUAACAUUCAGGAUGCUCUUUCCAGUCAACCAGCGAUACUUGCCGUACGUGUUGCUCCACAAAUACCAAGAAUUUAUUACAACGGCUCGCGUGUUCUUACGGAUCAUAGUGUCACUCUAGCUGCCGGGUCUAAAACAACUAUCUUCUGCGAGGUUAGAUAUGGCAACCCACCGGCUCACGUUGAAUGGUUCUUAGAAAAGGGUCAGGUUAUAGCAUGGAGUCAAACAAAUACAUCAGAAGUUGAACAGCCACGUCUGUGGGCAGCGCGUGCUGUGCUGGAGAUGAUCCCUACCAGAGCUACACACCGCAAGCAACUUGUCUGUCGAGCACAUCAUCCAUCUUACCCACCGCCUUACUAUAAAGAUGUGCAUAUUAUAUUUGACGUGAAAUGUUAG